AGAAAACAUAAUUACUUCGGAUCUUAAUGAAUAAAAUACAGAAACAAACAUAUAUAUUUUAUGUAUAUUAAAGAGAUUUUUAAACAAUGACUGGUAGUCAACACUGGUGGUCCAAAGUGACAGUAUUUGAUAAGGUUGUUUUGUCAAUCUGAAAGGAGGUUAGUCAGUCAAGUAUUGUUUGUGAUUAAGGACAAAAUAUUAUAUAUACUAAUUUCGAAAUGGCGUCUCUAUACCCUUCCCUGGAGGACAUGAAAGUUGGGCAAAUGAUGCAGGCUCAAGUGAAAGAAAAUGGUGGUGUUAUUCCAAGUGCUCCGCCAGAGAUUGGUGACCGUGAGAAACCUAGUAAGCCGAGCGGACUUGCCAUGCAUCAAGCCGGCCGCGCUGUACCAGUCUAUCCUUCAUUGCACGAUUACAUGGGUCUUGAUCUAGGGCCGACAGGUCAAUUGAGCUUUAAGUUUAAUGAUUUUCCCAAUUCGAACAAUGCUGUUGCUUUACCACAACCAGAUUUGACAAAAACAAAUUUUAAUAACAUGAUUGCUCCUCUUUCUGGGCAGUCCCUUGGGUUGAAAAGAGCUCAUGUUACCAAUGGCAUAAGAGAGCUGAUCUUAUGUAAAGAUAAGGAUGGUAAAGUAGGUGUGAGGGUGGCUGCUGUAAAUUCAGGUAUUUUUGUCUGUCUCAUCGCUCGGGGAUCACCUGCCGAAAUGGGAGGAAUACGUUUUGGAGACCAAAUUCUUGAGGUGAAUGGCACUCAAGUGGCCGGGUUCACUGUUGAUCAGGUGCACAAGAUGUUUAAGAAAGCUGCCGUCAACGGAAUUUCAGUUGUUGUGAGAGAUAGACCAUUUGAAAGGACUGUCACUCUACAUAAAGAUUCAGGUGGAAGAGUCGGCUUUCAGUUCAAGAAAGGUGAAAUAGUGAGCUUGGUUAAAGAUUCGUCUGCUACAAGAAACGGCCUUCUUACUGGACAUCAGAUAUUGGAAGUUGAUGGUCAAAAUGUUGUUGGGCUGAAAGACAAGGAGAUAACAGCAGUUAUCGAAGCAGCUUCCUCGCCAUUAACUGUUACUAUUAUACCGGUCUCUAUAUAUGAGCAUAUUGUCUCAAAGAUGUCUACCAAUUUGAUUAAGAAUUUGAUGAGCCACAACAUUCCUGAGGUUUGAAUAGCACCUUGACCAUCAUUUGAUAUCCUUUUAUUUUUUUAUUCUAAAUGUUUGAAUUUUAUGAACACUUGUUUAUUAUCCCAUGAUGAUUAAUAUUUUUAAUAUAUGCAUUUAUCUAUUUUUAGUGCCAAAUUAUAUUAUUGCUUCAUUGUUCUUAAUUAUAUAUUUUGUGUUAUUUUUGUAAUUCAUAGUCACUUCCUA